UUCUUCCGACAAUGUUUUAGUUCUCGAGGAGGAAUUAACAUGUAAAUUUUGUUCGUAACUUAAAACUGAGAGAGGUGAGAGCUGAGAAAGCCGAAGUAUGAUUUACUAUCAUACGAUUUCAUGAUAUAUAUUUGAGAGUGGUAUAAUCCUUGAACCUAUACCAAUUCUAUUGUAAUGCUGAAUUUUGUUAUCGAAAUUUGUCAUCCUCAGACUUUUCAUUAUUAUUAAAAAUAUAAUUUUUUGAUUAUUAUGGUAAAACAUGAAUUCUAGACUAAAAAAACUUUUCACUUCUCAGUCUCUCUGUACAAAUGAAUUAGUGUAGAUACUUGCCAUUAGCUGCGUUGUGAUGGAAAAAAUCAUAUGUACAGAAAAAUGCCUCACUGAAGUGCUCUAGAUGCUACUGUGCUGGCAGCUUUUGAGUGGAUCCAUUUUAUUUUUAUUUUUUUGUGUGUUUUCUGUCAUGAACAAAUGAAAAAUUGCCAAGUGUAUAUCUGUAAAAAUUCUGUGAACUAAAUUCUGUACACCUAGCAUAGUAGCAUUGUUGCAUUGUGAUUAUGCAUCCACACUUCGAAAACUUUCCUGCUAACUACAACCCCUCUGCAAAAUCUUUCUAUUUCAUCUUCUUUAACUUUUCUCUGCAGUUCCUAUCCCAUUUUCGCUGGAAAUGUCUGCAUUCUCUCUUUUUGAUCUUCUUCAAACUAUCCUAAAUCUCUUCUUUACUUGAAUCCCAACUCAUUUUACUACUAACUGUUUUAUGUUCUUCGUAAUCGUUUAUUUAGGAAAUUCACUAAACAAACUUUUUCGUCCAGGUUUUGUCGCUUCUAAGGAAAAACAGAGACAUGCUCUUCAAUGAGGUUAAGUUAACUGUAUCGAUUGAAGACCCUAGGAACGUUGAGCGAAGGCGUCUGCUUGGCAUUGAUGACGAAGAUGCUCCUACUAGGGAUGAAUUGGCCGCUGUUUUAGUAGAAGUAAGUGAAGGUAAAAUUCCAAAAGAUCAUGUAGAUACGCAGAUGCUGCCUGAAGAAAUUACGCAAUGGCCAAAUUUAGAGCUAAAUCAUGCAUUCUGGUUUUGCUCCUAUGUUGCCCUAUGAUCAACUAUAACCUCCAG